CUGCUCUGAAGCUUCCUCCAUGAUCCAGUACUAGACUAGACUCUAAGCUGAAGUCAUGAUUAGUGACCGGGAGAGCAGCUCUGAUGAGAGUGAUGUAGGAGGGAGGCUGGGCUCCAUUACUGCUCCUAGGAGCAGUGCUGCCCAGCAGAGGGCAAAAUUCAAGGCAGGUCGCGAUGUCCCCAGUGUGAACGUAGAGACGGUGGACUUUGACCCUAUGACCUCCAUUUCUUCGUUGAGAAGUGGGCGGGCUCCUUCCAGGUCCCCUAGCCCCGCCCCCCUGGACAGAGAAAGCUCCGGAUCUAUUGCUAGUCUAGACUCUGAGUUUGUGAUUGUCGGUAAUACUAGACGUGCCUCGUCAACCAUUGCAAAAUGGCGUCCGUUGGAUCAAGGUUCUAGUAUUGAUGAAGAAAUAGAGGAAGGAGCAGUAGCCGACUCACUCAUGAAGUCCGAUAACUUUGAGCGUUCUCAGAUCUAUCUUCUGCUAGCUCGAUGUAUCUCUUACCCCUUCACAGCAAGAUACCAGUUGGAAAACUCUCCUCCCAAACAAAAACUAACAGAAGAGAAGCUAGGUAUGAUCGUACGUACCCUCAAGUCUGUGAGUGCUGGGGAGAAGGUUCGUUCCCAAGACAACGCACUUACGGCCUUGGAGCAACGACUGUGCAAGCAGGAGCAGUUUGUGCUGUGUGUGCAGUGGUAUGCGGAGGUGGUCCUGAGUAGGAAUGAUGUCGUGAACGUGUGCACACAAGGUAGCUUCUCUGCCAAAGAACUCGUCUAUAUAUUCAAGGUGAGAGCCUUGAAGCAUCUCACGUACUCCUCCCCCACACGAACUCUGAACCCCGAGGACCUCCAGCUCUGGGUGAACACGUUCCGGAAACUGGUUGAGCGAGUUAGUCGAGCAUUCUCUGACCACACCCCCUUGAACUCUGAACCCAACCCAGGAGACGCAGGAGCGCCCAAUGCUGACAAACUGUACAAGCUCUUCCAGAAGAUUCUCAAGCUGAGGAAUAUUGAGCACCAGAUCCUCUACAAGGAGUGCCAGCUUGGCAACCCGGAGGAGCAGGAGGCAGUGGUGAGGAGAGAGCUGCAAGACAGGAAGAAACAAAUGGAAACAGGAGUAGCGAGGGCCAGAGAAUUAAAGUUCGGUAGUCACAAGGUGGAGGAGAUAUUUCGUGAAGAGCAACUCAAAACGCUCAAAGUGCUCAACAGUAAUCUGGACCAGCUGUCGUUGUCAGGGCCCACUGCACACAGCCCGGCAACACAGCGUAAAAUUAAACAACGCAGUGCUGUACUGACUGAGAGUGGAAGCACCACCGUCGCCAAGCAAGAUCUCCAGUUCAAACUCAAGGUUACCGUGACAUUACAUGACCUGACAGCCAUUCCGUCCAAUGAGAAUAGACCUCUCUUCUGUGUAUUCGAGGUGGAUGGGAGCGGGGAACAACUUAAGACCAUCGAGGCCCCACCAGUUAACAACAGUGUCAGUUUCAUGGAGGCUGGAGAAUUCUGGACCUCUUCCCCUGUCCCCCAGAUAAAGCUCACCGUCAUGGCCGCCACAAAGGGGCUCAUCUCAAACAAGACCACCCUCUCAAAGAAAACUCACGUGGGCAUGCCCAGCUCUGGUGAUGUGUACACGACACUGGAUAUGACAAAGAACGACAAGAGUUCAGAGUCUUCGAUUGGCAAGCUCAAGUUAUCCACUAUUGUCGAGCGCCCUGCCAUCAUGAAAAAAUGCGGGUUUCUCACGGUCAGCGGAGACUACAUGUUCAAGGAACUCAAGAGACGAUUCUUUGCUCUCAUUCAACUUUCCCAGUACAAGUUCAUCCUCACAACAUACUCAGCAGGAGCCAAUCUUCCCAAGUACACAUUUGUGCUCGACCAGCGGUUCUGUGUAGAGUACCCCACACCUGAAGACGAAAUGUUUGCGGACCCCACUGCUAAUAGCAAGGCGGCUAUGUUUGUGUUAGCUUCUGAAGAGUCAGAGGUGGGUAGGAUCCGAUAUGGUUGCCGUGACACCACGGAACGUGAUAGCUGGAUGAAGUGGUUGGCACGAGCGACUGGACAGACGAUUGAACCAAUACAGAGCAACUUGGACGUCCGUAGAGAGUCCAACGACCUGGAUCGCUACGGCCUCCAGGCAGUGGUGGAUAGUGUCAAGGACAUCACACAGACAAAUCCUCACAAGAUGUUUGAGCACUUAUUCAGAGCUACACUCGACUACCGCCUCACAGAAGACACCUUCAGUCGAGGUCUCUUCUCCCCACACCAAAUGUACGUGCUUGACGAGUUCUGUGCCCGGUACGGGGUUCGUGACCUUUUCCGUCACCUCACGUGUCUGCGUCACUGGCUGGUUAAAGAGGAAAUGGGUGUGGCCAUAUGGCCAGUCAUGGUCCUCUCCUCCUUCAGAUUCUGUCAAAUGCACAUUGGAGGAUCAAAACGUCAGAAUCAGUGUUCUAAAGUGAUUCAACGUCGUCGUCAUGGUAGUGACUAUGCUGGUGGUAGCGUCGUUAGUAAAGGUUCAUGGUACAAUCGAUCUCGUCCUACCCUUCGAAAGACCGUGGGGUACAACCCCUUACCCAUGGAGAAGAGUGUCAUAGUGACCACGGAUGAGCGCACUGGGUUCCUGGAGGCAUGCAAGCAGCUGGAGGAGAUGCUGUCUAACAAGAUACGACAUUUCCACUCCUCUUUUCCGUACGGCUUGCCAAAGGACGACCUCAAGGUCACCCUCAAGCUGUUUGACCUGGUGGUGUCGGCCAAUCAGAUAGUAGGACAGGGAGGGACGGUGGACCCUGUGAAGGUACUCACGGUUGUCAUGGAGAAAUCUGCUCUCCUCAACUACAAGAAAAUAUUCUCAAAUCUCAACGUCACUGACGAUGUUGCAUUGACGAUGACGCAGCUAGCUGACUUUGCUCAGCUGUGUAUAGAGUUCAUGUACGAGCUCCAUGAUUACUAUUGGGAGGACUUCACACAGUACACACAAGUGUUUUCGUCCCACCUGAAUGCCUUCUGGCUCUUCUUCCUAGUGGAUGCUCGUGAGGCCAUGUCUCGAGACAACUCCAUCAUCAGUAAACUGCAGCUGUUCCACGUCGUCAACCAGUACUUCUGUUCUCAGCCCACACUGAAGAUGGCUAAGUUCCACAAAACAUUUCUCUCUGAAUUUACGAGUAUUGUGAGCUCAUACAUGAACUCUUUAGAGGAGCAGCUCAAGACUGACCUGGCCCAGUCCUUCUCUCUGGAAACAUGGCUACCAGUCAGUGACUGUUGUCAGGCUGUGGAGGGUGUGGUCAAAGCCCUUCACUCGUUCAAGAGCUUUGUUGAUGAGCUGGGAUGGCCGGAGAAGAAGUUUGCCCAUCAGCUCGAGGUCACCGUGGCCACCAUCUGUGCAGACCGUAUCCGUGACGCUGCAACACAGGUAUAUCAAGAGGUGCGUACCAAGGUGGCUGUAUCCGUGGUAACCCCACGCUACCACCUCCCCCCUGAGCUCACCACUAUGAUCAACACCCUCGUCUACCUCGAGUCACAGGUAAUGCAGUUGUGUCCGAUACAUAUCCUACAUUCCUCUUCUGUCACCUCAUUGGACGCUGGGGAUGAGACCACACCCACUAGAGAACCCACACCCAUUAAUAUCGAGGAAGACCUCUCUCUGAUGCUACACGACUCUGUUACCAUGGUUAUACAAGCGCUGUGCGGACCAAUGGAAACGCUCCUCUCCAAGUUAACCAAGCAUGACCCCAGAGAUGGAUUCCUCAACUCGUUGAUGAUGAUGCUGCCCAAUACCAUCCCCCUGGACUCGUUCAACCAGUUUUUAUCGGGAAACCUUCAACUAAUCACUCGGCACCUCAGGGCAAAGAACUUUGUCUUGAGCUGGUACGAGUGUCUGCUGCAGCUGAUCAAGGGGUGGCUAGACCAACGGCCUAACUUCUCCCUCCUGGAGAUACAGCAUCAGUCCAUAACAACUCUCAUGGAGCUUAUCUACCGUACAUGUAGUGAGUUCGGGAUGCUCAACCAUGAGCUGGAGACGGACACUUACAAAGCCAUCGAGGAGAGGAGCAAGAUCGAGUCAUCUUCUGUGGACCUCAAGAUUGUGGGACAGCAUUGACUGUGUACAUGUACUUUUGUGUGUGUGUCAUUUUAUCUCAAACUUUCAUUAUGCAUAAGUCCUUCAUGCAGAACUAAAACAUUCAUUUUUCAGCAAAAUUCACUUUAAAACUUUAUUUUUGUACACGAGUGAGUUGAAUAAUUACUACAUGUACAUAGUAUUAAUACUGUACAGAGCUAGA